AUGAAGAAGACUAAGUCAAUUGUUAUUGUGGAGACAUGGAGUCAAUCAAGUAAAGUGUACAGGGAGUUAGUUGGAAGUGCAUACUAUGUGGCUCCAGAGGUGUUAAACAAGAGUUAUGGAAAAGAAAUAGAUGUGUGGAGCGCAGGAAUCAUUUUAUACAUCCUUUUAAGUGGAGUGCCUCCAUUUUAUGCUGAAAACGAGAGGGGCAUAUUUGAUUCAAUUUUGGAAGGCAAGCUCGAUCUGGAGAGCGCACCGUGGCCUUCUAUUUCAGCUGCUGCAAAAGAUUUGAUCAAGAAAAUGUUGACUUAUGAUCCUAAGAAACGCAUUACAGCUGCUGAAGCCCUUGAACACCCGUGGAUGAAGGAGGGUGGUGAAGCAUCUGACAAGCCUAUAGACAAUGCUGUUUUAACUAGGAUGAAACAGUUCAGAGCAAUGAACAAGAUGAAGAAACUUGCUUUAAAGGUUAUAGCAGAAAAUCUUUCAGGGGAGGAAAUCAAGGGCUUGAAACAAAUGUUCAACAAUAUGGACACUGAUCGCAGUGGCACAAUCACAUUCGAGGAACUCAAAUCUGGAUUGACCAAAUUGGGAUCCAAGCUUAGUGAAUAUGAAAUAAAGCAGCUAAUGGAAGCUGCUGAUGUUGACAACAGUGGAACUAUUGACUAUCAAGAGUUCAUCACUGCCACUAUAAACCGGCACAAAUUGGAGAAGGAAGAGCAUUUGUAUAAGGCUUUUCAAUACUUUGACAAGGAUAACAGUGGAUAUAUAACAAGAGAAGAGCUUAGACAAGCUUUGACUGAAUAUCAAAUGGGAGAUGAAGCAGCUAUAGAUGAAGUCCUCAAUGAUGUGGAUACAGAUAACGAUGGGAAAAUUAAUUACCAGGAGUUUGUGGCUAUGAUGAGAAAGGGGAUCCUGGAUAUUGAUGAGAAAGAGAAACCACGAUGA